CCUGCAGCCGGAAAACAAGGAUCUUUCAACACAUGCGUGUCUAUAAACGAAGCACCGCAUCGUUAGAAUGAAAGAUAAAAACCAUAUGAUCAUCUCCCUAGGUGCAGAAAACGCGUUUGACAAAAUAGAACAUAUUUCCAUGAUAAAAACCCUCCACGAAUGGGGGCAGAGAAGUUGUAUAGCUCAAUACCACAAAGCCCACAUACGACAAAACCCACAGCUGACAUCAUACGCAACAGUGAGAGGUUGAAAGCUUUCCCUCUAGAAUCAAGAACAAGGCAAGGCUGGUCAGAGACGUACCGGGUUAAAUUUCAAUCCUUGACGUUGAAACGUGUUGAGAAUUGGUCCGUGGCUCAGAAAAUGCUUUAUCUUGGCGAACACAUACUUGUACUUGAAAAGAAUGUGUAGUGGACACACAUGUGAAAUUCAGAUCUCCUGUUUAGUGUUCUAAAGACAUCGGUCAAGAUGGAUUCAUUGCUGCUGUUACUAGUAUGAAACGCAUCCCCUCAUCUUUGGUAACACGGUUUUCCUCGAAGUCUGAUUUCUCUAAUAUCGAUAUAACCACAUCAGGCUUCUUUGCUCACUAUUUAUUCGUGCAGGUUUCUGCGCAUGGUUCCGGGCAGCUGGGGAAUGAGACCCGAGUGUCGCUGUUCCUUCUGGAAGGGCUGGCCGACGCAGAGGAGUUGAGGCCCUUGCUCUUUGUGAUCUUUCUGCUGGUCCACAGCGUGGCUGGGCAUUGCCAGCCUUACUGUGAUGGACUCCCGACUCCACACUCCCAUGGACGACUUCUUAGUCAACCUCUCACUGCUGGACACUGCCUAUAUCUCCAGCACGGGGCCUCAGGUGCUGGAACACCUGCUGGCAGCAGUGCGGACCGUGCCCUAUCGUGCUUGUCUUCCCCAGAUCUUCUUUCUCCAUUUCCUGGCUCCCUGGGAGUGCUUCCUGCUCACAGCCAUGGCCUGUGACCGCUAUGCGGCCAUCGGCCGGCCACCGCACCACCUAGUCCUCUUGGGCCGUGGACGGACCCGGGCAGGAAUGGCUUCCACCUCCCGCCUGCUUGCCUUGGCCGAUGCGUUCGCCCACACCGUCCUUGCAGCUCCACUGAGGUUCUGCGGGCCUCGCCUCAUCACCCACUUCUCCUGUGGCCUCCCUCCACUGACCAGACUCUCUUGCUCAAGCACGUGGGCCAGCGAACUUGCCCUGUUUGUCCUCAGUUUCGUGGUGGCUCUUGCACCCCGUGCCCCGGUUGCGAUCUCCUGUGUACGUGUUGUGGCUGCGAUUCUCAGGAUCCACUCCGCUGAGGGCCGAAGGAAAGCCUUUUCCACCUGUGGUGCUCACACCACCGUGGUCUGCAUUUUCUACAUCGCUCCAGUCCUCUGCUACAUCCUCCCCAGCUCUGCGUGCUCUGGCUUGCGGGACCGGGUGCUCCCUGUGCUGUACGUGGUCCUCACCCCCAUGCUCAACCCCGUCGUCUACAGCAUGGGAAACAAGGAGGUGAAGAGGGCUUUGUUCAAGGCCCUCGGGAAAGAAAGUGCCUCCUAGGCACCGGUCACAUCAAGUCAACGAGGAGUGUCCCCGGCUCAGGAGUUUCUCACAUCCGAAUGUGCUCCCAGUGCUAGGUGCCUGUCAGUCUCCACCUGCUCCACACCCCACCCUCGUCGCACACUGGAUGCCAUAUGGAUCCCUCCCUGUACAAUGUAUUACACGAAGGCACCAAUUUUGCUGUGGACCAGAGCCGGGCUGUGACGUUUGCAUUGGACAUGGCAAGGGGCAUGGCCCUCGUACACACUCUAGAGCCCCUCAUCCCACGACACGCGCUCAGCAGCCGUAGUGUAAUGAUUGAUGAGGACAUGACUCCCCGAACCAGCACGGCCGACGUCAGGUUCUCCUUCCAAUGCCCUGGGCGCAGGUAUGCACCUGCCUGGGUGGCCCCUGAAGCUCUGCAGAAGAAGCCUGAAGAUACAAACAGACGCUGAGCAGACACGGGGAGUUUUGCAGUGCUUCUGUGGGAACUGGUGACAACGGGAGGUACCCUUUGCUGACCUCUCCAACACGGAGAUUGGAAUGAAGGUGGCACUGGAAGGCCUUCGGCCUACCAUUUCCCCCCAUGUGUGUAAGCUCAUUUCCCCCCACCGGGCAUUUCCCCCCCACCAUUCCCCCCCACCAGGCACUUCCCCCCAUGUGUGUAAGCCCAUGAAGAUCUUCUCCAGGGUGGGGCUGGCACAUGCCAGUGCUUUGGGGGUGAAUCCAAUCACACAGGAGUUUGAAAUGUCAUGCACGUGAUCCAUUUGGUGAAUCCUAUUUUGGGUGCCAGGUUUCCCCCCAUUUUCAGCAACGAUCAAAUAUUUCUGUUGCUCUUUUUUUCCCCCCCUUAUUCUAAAACACUGCUUUCUAUUUAUGGAAGUAAAACAUGGUCAUUGCAUAGGUUGUGCAGUUACAGAAACUUACAAAGUGACCAAAAAAGAAAAAAAUGCCCUCUAUAACCUCACCACCGCGCGAGAACCUCACUGUAAACAUUUUGAUGGUUUAUUUCAGGUUUCUUCUUGCACUACAAAUGUAUGUGCACGGGCGCCUGGGUGGCUCAGCCGGUUGA